AUGAGCCGUUCAUGCUUCCGAAUUUUGUGCGAUAAGCUGAAGGGCAUGGCAAAAUGCGAUACCGUCUUCAGGGCUUGUAUACCACUGGAGAAGCGUGUUGCGAUUGCGCUUUAUUGCUUGCGCUGGUCUGCUGAAUAUGCUACAAUAUGCAGAUUAUUUGGUGUAUCUAAAACUAGUGUGUGGAGAAUACUUUUGGAAUUUCGCUACGAAGUUUGGAACGUGCUACGCCAGGAAUACUUGCCCAGCACCUUUUUGAGUCCAAAUAAAAUACAGGAUUGUGUGGACGGUUUUGAAAUUAUUGGAUUCCCUCAAUGUUUUGGAGCAAUUGAUGGUUGUCACAUUGAGAUUAAACCCUCCACAGAAGAGGCUACUGACUACUACAAUUAUAAAGGAUGGUGUUCUAUAGUUUUGUUAGCGUUAGUCGAUUACAGGUACAUUUCUGAGAGCAAAACAUACAUUUAUAUAAACACUAAUGUUAUAAAUGACCCAUCAUAUACGGCGUAUGGCUCCAAAGUUAUGAACGAUUACAAAUUUUAA